AUGACAACAACAACGUUAUUAAGUGAAAGUACUAAUAAUUCAAAUAAUACAAAUAAUAAUACAAAUAAUAAUACAAAUAAUACAAUGAACAACAACAAUAAUAAUAAUAAUAAUAAUACCAUUGGUAAUAAUAAUAAUAAUAAUCCAGAAUAUGAUAUAUUAAUAAAUAUACUCAUGUUGGGUGAUGAAGAAGUCGGUAAAGGUAGUGUUGCUAGAAGAUAUACAGAAGGUUAUUUCCCAAUAAAUGAAAACUUAUAUAAUAUAGAAGUUGACCGUAAACAUAAAGAUAUAAAAGAUUGGGGUGAUGGUUUAAUAAAGAGAAAAGAUCCAAAUAAACCGGUAAUUGGUAGACUUCAACUUUGGAAUUUUCAUAUGCACAAGAUUUCUGAUAUUCCAACCAAACAACAAUAUCGUGAAACCAAUGGAUUCAUUCUCUUCUUUGAUGUUACAAAUAAAUCUUCCUUUUUACAAUUAUCAUCUUUGAUUGAAUUGGUUAGAGCUAAAUGUGCUGAUGAAAAUAAUAAUUUCAAUUGUCAAUCUAAUAGUCGUAAUAGUACAAAUUAUAAUCGUCAUAGUGUUGGUAAUCAUUGUCCAAAUAGUCCUCAAAAAGGUGAGAAAGAGAAUAAUACACAUUCAUCAACGGCACCACCAGCUCCACCUCCUUUACCUCCAAUUGUUAUCGUUGGCAAUAAAUGUGAUGAUGUAAGCAACACUGUUGUAGAUCCAAUAGCCGCUAAAAAAUAUUGUGAUUCACUUUCCAUUCCUUUAUUAUUCAUAUCUGCAAAAACAAAUGAAAAUGUCAAUGAAGCUUUCAAUAUUCUUCAAGGUUUAAUAAUAAAACAAAUGAAAAUCAAAGAAAGAGAAAGACAAAAACUUUUAAAACAAAAACAUAUUAAAAAAGAUGUAAAUUGUAACUUAAUGUAA